AUGGCAUUGAGUAGUGGAGUUUCCCUCUACCUGAUUUUCUUCUCUUUGACAUUCUUGUUCUGGGACACUGUCGAAGGGAACCCCAACUACCGGGAUGCCCUAGUAAAGUCCAUCUUGUUCUUUCAGGGGCAGAGAUCAGGGAAACUCCCAACAGGCGAACAGAUGCCUUGGAGGUCCAAUUCCGGCCUUUCCGACGGUUCCCUAGCCCAUGUGGAUUUGACCGGAGGCUACUAUGACGCCGGAGACAACGUAAAGUUCAACUUCCCAAUGGCCUUCACCACUACGAUGCUAUCAUGGGGCACACUUGAGUAUGGCAAAAAAAUGGGUCCCCAAUUGCAAGAUGCAAGGGCUGCAAUCCGUUGGGCCACCGACUACCUUCUCAAGUGUGCCACAGCCACCCCUGGUAAGCUCUAUGUUGGUGUUGGGGACCCUACUGUUGAUCAUAAGUGUUGGGAGAGGCCCGAGGACAUGGACACCGUCCGGAGUGUUUAUUCUGUGUCACCAGGCAAUCCAGGCUCCGACGUGGCAGGGGAAACUGCUGCUGCACUCGCUGCUGCUUCCAUGGUUUUUCGGAAGGUCAAUCCGAAAUAUUCGACCUUGUUACUCAGAACCGCAAAGAAAGUUAUGCAAUUUGCAAUGCAGUAUAGAGGAGCUUACAGUGAUUCACUAGGCUCUGCUGUUUGCCCUUUUUAUUGCUCUUAUUCUGGUUAUGAGGAUGAGUUGUUAUGGGGAGCUGCAUGGUUGUUUAGAGCAACAAACGAUGUUUCGUACUUCAAUUUCAUAAAAUCGUUGGGACCGAAUGAUGCAACAGACAUUUUUAGCUGGGACAACAAAUUCGCUGGUGCUUACGUCCUUCUAUCAAGGAGAAAUUUGCUGGGAAAUGAUAACGCUUUCGAGCAAUUCAAACAAGAAGCUGAAAACUUCAUCUGCAGAAUUCUUCCCAACUCUCCUUCCUCCACUACACAAUAUACACCAGGGGGUCUGAUAUACAAGCUAACUGAAAGUAAUCUCCAGUACGUGACAUCCAUAACGUUCUUGCUUAAUACCUAUGGAAAAUACAUGACAGCCACAAAGCAUACCUUUAACUGUGGGAAUGUAUUGAUCACCUCGAGGAACCUACGAGACCUUGCCAAAAGACAGGUGGAUUACAUUUUAGGAGAGAACCCAUUGAAAAUGUCCUACAUGGUAGGAUAUGGGACAAAUUAUCCAAGAAGAAUUCACCACAGAGGAUCAUCAUUACCAUCUUUGGCCAUUCAUCCACAAUCCUUCGGCUGUGAAGGUGGUUUUCAACCAUUCUUCUACACAGCAAAUGCCAACCCUAAUAUCUUAACCGGAGCAAUUGUUGGAGGCCCGAACCAGAACGAUUUCUUCUCCGACGAUCGUACGGACUACAGUCAUUCGGAACCUGCCACCUAUAUUAAUGCUGCUAUAGUUGGACCUUUAGCUUACUUAGCUGGUAGCUACGCCAGUUGAUUGGAAGCUCACGGUUUAAUUUGGCCCUCCUAAUUGUAGAUAUAUGCUUCCAAAAUUGUCUCAAGCAUGGACAUAUGCCACCAAAAAUUAGGUGGAAUAUUGGCGUAUUUUAACUUCUUGUAAGCAAUAUGCUUAUAUAAGUGGAUGAAUCCCGG